AUGCCUCAUAUUGAAAUCGCCCGCUAUGAUGAAGUAGUUUUCGGAAUGGUCCAGCCUGAGCUCGGAGGAUAUCUAGCUGAACUCGUUCAUGAAGUUCUGUUUGAUACGGGAAGGCUCAAUCUUGAGUUUGAUGAUGGUGUACUGGAUGAUCGUGCUGCUGGCAGAUCUAGGUUACGCUUCUACUGGGAUAAAGAUAUUGAUGACUGUGUGGUGAGACAAACUAAUACCCACUCCAGAUACGGCUACGAAUAUCUUGGCAAUACUGAACGCUUAGCAAUCACCCCGUUGACCGAUCGAUGUUACAUCACAUUAACUACUGCUCUGCAUCUUUACCGCGGAGGGAGCCCCAAGGGACCAGCAGGAACAGGGAAAACAGAAACUGUAAAAGAUCUCGGUAAAGCAUUGGGCUUCAAUGUCAUUGUUCAAAACUGCUCGGAAAGUCUCGAUUACAAAAGUAUAGGAAAGCUAUUCUCUGGUUUGGCACAAACUGGGGCUUGGGGCUGCUUCGACGAGUUUAACCGGAUCGAUGUUGAGGUGUUAUCAGUAGUCGCGCAACAGAUCCUCUCUAUUUUGUCCAGCCUCUCACAAAAUUUAUCUCAGUUCAUAUUUGAAGGUUCCACUAUCGUGCUUAAGCCCACUUGUGGUAUAUUCAUCACAAUGAAUCCAGGAUACGCAGGUAGAACAGAACUCCCAGAUAAUUUAAAAUCGAUGUUUAGACCAAUAUGUAUGAUGAAGCCGGAUAGCGCUAUGAUUGCUGAAAUAAAUUUGUUUGGUGAAGGAUUUCGAAAUACCAGGAUAUUAGCGAAGAAGAUAUUCGCGCUGUAUAGCUUGGCACAGCAACAACUUAGUCAGCAGUACCACUAUGAUUUUGGUCUCCGUGGAAUAGUAACCCUGACACGUUAUGCAGGUCAAAAGAGACGGCUCCACUCUCAUUUGCUGGAUGAAGAGGUACUGCUAUGA